AUGAAAAAGGCGAAUAAGUCUAAGUUCCGCGGCAUUCGAUUUGUUUCCAACAUCACCCCAAACGUAUCUGGGCCGAGCACUCGGUUUCGUACAGAAAGUGUCUCAUUCCAAAAUGAGUACGUAACCAAUGACGAACGGCAGCAUCCUGUCGUUGUACUUGCUCCCACUCCCUAUGAAUUGACACUAGACAUCGAUGAAUUAAUUUACCCAGCAGCAAAUUCCCGCCGCCGUUCGAACGAACCACCAAGGCCCCAAAAUAGCUUCCUUCUGUUUCGCAAAGACUUCGAAGCCAAAUAUCGGUCACUCCACCAAGGCAAAAAAAUAAUUGCAAAAGAGAUUUCAACUUUAGCUUCCCAAGAGUGGGAUUACCCACAAGAUUUCCCACAAGAUUACUCACAAGAUAACUCACAAGAUAACUCACAAGAUGACCAACAAGAUGACCCACAAGACGACCCACAAGACGACCCACAAGACGACCCACAAGACGACCCACAAGACGAUCCACAAGACGACCCACAAGACGAUCCACAAGAUGACCCACAAGAUGACCCACAAGAUGACCCACAGGAUGACCCACAGGAUGACCCACAGGAUGACCCACAGGAUGACCCACAGGAUGACCCACAGGAUGACCCACAAGAUGACCCACAGGAUGACCCACAAGAUGACCCACAAGAUGACCCACAAGAGGACACACAAGAUUUCACACAAGAUGUCACACAAGAUGACGCACAAGAUGACGCACAGGAUGUAGUGCACGAUUUAAACAC